AUGGCGGAAGAGAGUCCAGAAUUCCAGUCUGCUUUGCGGAACCUGGACAGGGAGCUGGAGGAAGGCGAUAUCACCGAAAAAGGGUAUCAAAAGCGACGCACCUUUCUGCUCUCCCAAUUUCUCGGCCCCAACAAGCCGCUUGAGAUCAAUGCUCAUGCGGCCGCAAGCUAUGCGGGCUCAUCCGAAGGCUCCCAUAUUACCCCACCAGCUAUAUUGAGCGUGCGACCGCCAACUGCCGAUUCUUCACAACCAACCAUCGCAUCUCCAACCUAUGCCGGCGGGUACGAUGGUGGGCAAGGUAGCGGAGAAUUCGGGUACAACCACGGUGUCAGCGUGGACGCACAGAAUCCGUCCCCGGCUAUAGCCGGCCCUCAUGAGCGAGAUAGUACCGGCAUGUUAGAAGCUCUCGAUCGAAUGCCGACGUCGGCAUCGUAUGAUUCGCUUUUCCUUCCCAGGCCUCCGGUCCCAGGUUCGCAGGGCCAAGAUGGCUCGCGCACUGCGACUUUGAUGAGUCAGAACUACGCUUUCAACCCUGAGUCUGAUGCAGAAUACGUUCAGCCUGAAUACGCCCAACCGGAGUAUGUGGAUGACGGCGUGGGGGGCUACGAUCCCGCUCCGGGCGGGGUCACGCGACAGUCGACAAUGUUGGAUUCCCAGCAGGGCUACUUCUCUGACUUUGCCGGACAACAGCACGAUGACUAUCGGGAGAGCUAUGGUGGUGGUUUCCAUCGCUAUUCUCAGUCGGGUGAGGCCUUCUCACCAACAGCGAACAUGGCGCCGCCGUUUAUCCCUCCCUCCGAACUGUCCCAUGGCCCAGCUAUCGAGCAUCUCCUACCUCUCGAACCUCGAGAGAUACCUUUUGCGGUGAAUGACCCCCAUGACAAGAACAUCACCAUGUCUAGUUUUGACAAUAUCCCAUCGGUGCUCCGACAUCGUGCACGAGUUCAUCCGAAACAGCCGGCAUAUUGGGUGCUGGAUCAGAAAGGAAAGGAAAUUGCUUCUAUCACAUGGGACAAGCUGGCAAGCCGCGCAGAAAAGGUGGCGCAGGUUAUUCGUGACAAGAGUAACCUGUACCGUGGAGAUCGUGUCGCUUUGAUCUAUCGCGAGGCUGAAAUCAUUGAGUUUGCCGUGGCUCUCAUGGGCUGUUUCAUCGCAGGAGUGGUUGCCGUUCCAAUUAAUAGUCUGGACGAUUACCAAAGCUUGAAUUUGGUGCUCACCUCGACCCAGGCCCAUCUAGCCCUGACCACCGAGAACAACCUGAAGGGCUUCCAGCGUGACAUCACAGCACAGAAGCUCAACUGGCCACGGGGAGUGGAAUGGUGGAAAACCAAUGAAUUUGGCAGCUUUCAUCCUAAGAGAAAGGAUGACACACCUGCCCUUGUUGUACCUGACCUAGCAUUCAUCGAGUUUGCGCGGGCCCCGACAGGAGAUAUGCGUGGUGUCGUGAUGAGCCACCGAACUAUCAUGCACCAGAUGGCCUGUCUGAGUGCCAUCGUCUCAACUGUACCUACCGAAUCGAGUGCCAAACACUUCGCAACCAAGGGUGAAACCAUUAUCAGUUACCUUGAUCCAAGACAAGGAAUUGGUAUGAUUUUGGGUGUUCUCCUGACCGUAUAUGGCGGCCACACAACUGUUUGGCAUGAGGAUCGAGCGGUAGAAACCCCGGGCUUAUAUGCUCAUCUGAUUACAAAGUACAGGGCCACCAUCAUGGCUGCAGAUUACUCUGGACUGAAAAUCUCCGCGUACAACUACCAGCAAGAUCCGAUGGCCACCAGACAUUUCAAAAAGAACUCGGAGCCCAACUUUAGCAGCGUCAAACUUUGCUUGAUCGACACGCUCACUCUUGAUCCUGAGUUCCACGAGAUCCUGUCAGACAGAUGGCUGCGGCCCAUGAGAAAUCCACGGGCCCGAGAGAUCGUUUGUCCAAUGCUGUGUUUGCCCGAGCAUGGUGGAAUGGUCAUCAGUGUACGUGACUGGCUAGGCGGCGAGGAGCGAAUGGGAUGUGCUUUAACCCACGAAAUGGACCCGGCAGGACGGGACCCGAAGAAAGAAGACGAGAAAUUCGAGAAGUCAGAUAACAAGACCGGGUUUGGCAGCAGUCUCCUAGGUGGUGGUUCGCGCGUCUCUGCUCCCAAAGAAAGCGCACAUAACGACCUGGGCGAGGUUCUGCUCGACAAGGAGGCCCUCAAAAGCAAUGAGAUUGUUGUUCUGGCAAUGGGCGAGGAUGCUCGGAAGUAUGCUAGCAGUAUGCCGCAUGCCGUCCGAGUCGGUGCCUUUGGCUAUCCCAUUCCCGAUGCCACUCUCGCCAUCGUCGAUCCCGAGACCAAUCUCCUGUGCACGCAAAAUGUCGUUGGAGAGAUCUGGGUGGAUUCCCCGUCGCUGUCUGGAGGCUUCUGGGCGCUUCCCAAACAUACGGAGGCUAUCUUCCAUGCCCGGCCAUACAAGUUUGAAGACUCCAACCCUACCCCAGUUCUUGUCGAACCCGAGUUCCUGCGUACUGGUCUGCUAGGCUGUGUGAUUGAAGGCAAGGUUUUCGUACUGGGUCUAUAUGAAGACAGACUACGGCAAAAGGUGGAAUGGGUUGAGCAUGGUCAGGAGAUGAUUGUCGAGCAUCGGUACUUCUUUGUUCAGCACUUGGUCGUCAGUCUCUUGAAGAAGGUGCCAAAGAUCCACGAUUGCACGGCGUUCGACGUGUUUGUGAACGAUGAACAUCUGCCGGUUAUUGUCUUGGAAUCGUAUGCUGCUUCGACAGCACCUACAACGUCUGGUGGACCCCCGCGUCAGCUUGACUCCGUUCUUCUCGAUUCACUUGCAGAACGCUGCAUGGAGGUUCUUUACCAGGAGCAUCAUCUCCGAGUCUAUUGUGUUCUGCUAACGGCCCCUAACUCUCUCCCGCGCGUGACCAAGAAUGGUAGAAUGGAGAUUGGCAACAUGCUCUGUCGUAAGGACUUUGAAUCCGGUAUGUUGCAGGCCGUGCACGUCAAGUUCGGAGUUGAGCGGUCCGUGAUGAACUUGCCCGUUGGUGUCGAUCCUGAGGGGGGCAUCUGGUCGCCUCUUGCUUUGGCAUCCAGACAGGAGACCCUGGCCUACCAGGAGAAGCAGUAUUCCGGGGUGGACUAUCGGGAUGUUGUUAUGGAUGAUCGGACUUCUACCCCGCUCAAUAAUUUCAAAACGAUUGUCGAUCUUCUGCAGUGGCGUGUUUCGCGCCAGGCAGAAGAGCUUGCCUACUGCUCCAUCGACGGGCGCGGUAAAGAAGGCAAAGGCAUUACCUGGAAGAAGUUUGAUUUGAAGGUCUCGGCGGUCGCGACCUACCUCAAGAACAAGGUCAAGGCCCGACCCGGCGACCAUCUGAUCUUGAUGUACACUCACUCGGAAGAGUACAUCUAUGCCAUUCAUGCCUGCUUCUGUUUGGGUGUUGUCGUCAUUCCGAUGGCCCCCCUGGACCAGAACCGUCUGUCCGAGGAUGCUCCCGCAUUCCUGCAUAUCAUCAAUGACUUCAAUGUCAAAGCCAUCAUCGUCAAUACUGAAGUCGACCACGUCAUGAGGCAGAAGCUUGUCUCCCAGCAUAUCAAGCAGUCUGCACAGGUUCUCCGCAUUGGUGUACCGGCUAUCUACAACACCACCAAGCCUUCUAAGCAAUCACAUGGUUGCCGUGAGCUCGGCUACACAAUGAAGGAUACUUGGCUCCAAGGUAACCAGCCCGCCCUUGUUUGGACCUACUGGACGCCCGAUCAACGACGAAUUUCUGUCCAAAUUGGCCACGACACCAUUAUGGGCAUGUGCAAGGUGCAGAAAGAGACAUGUCAAAUGACCAGUUCACGGCCAGUCCUUGGCAGUGUGCGGAGUACUUUGGGUCUUGGGUUUCUCCACACUUGCUUGAUGGGCAUUUAUGUCGGCGCUCCCACCUACCUUGUCUCUCCCGUCGACUUUGCUCAAAACCCAAUGACAUUGUUUGUGACCCUCGCGCGGUAUAAGAUCAAGGACACCUAUGCUACGAGCCAGAUGUUGGAUUACGCCAUAAGUGCCAUGGCCGGAAAGGGCUUCCAGCUACAAGAACUGAAAAACUUGAUGAUCUCUGCCGAAGGCAGGCCCAGAGUGGACAUCUAUCAGAAGACGCGCCUACACUUUGCUUCCGCGGGCCUGGACCGUACCGCAAUCAACGUUGUGUACUCGCAUGUGCUAAAUCCCAUGAUUGUUACGAGAUCGUACAUGUGCAUUGAGCCGAUUGAGCUCUGCCUGGAUCUCCGGAGUCUGCGUCGCGGUCUCAUCUAUCCUGUGGACGCUGACACUGAUCCUACGGCGCUUGUAGUUCAAGAUUCAGGAAUGGUGCCUGUCAACACCCAGAUUGCGAUUGUGAACCCGGAAACCUGCACUCUAGCCCACGUUGGGGAAUAUGGUGAGAUUUGGGUCCAGUCGGAUGCUUGUGCCCAAGGAUUCUACAGGUCCAAGCAGGAGUUUGACGCUGAAAGAAUGAAUGGCCGUGUCGCGGAUGGAGACCCUGGCGUGCCCUACGUCCGUACCGGGGAUCUAGGCUUCUUGCAUACUGUCACUCGCCCCAUUGGCCCUGGUGGGCAACCUGUUGAGAUGCAGGUGCUUUUCGUUCUGGGAAGUAUCGGCGAGACCUUUGAGGUUAAUGGUUUGAACCACUUCCCCAUGGAUAUCGAGAACUCCGUGGAGAGAUGCCAUCGUAAUAUCGUGAAUGGAGGAUGUGCUAUCUUCCAAGCAGGCGGCUUGAUUGUGGUUGUGGUCGAAGUCACUCGAAAGUCGUUCCUGGCGUCUCUCGUCCCUGUCAUCGUCGACACCGUUCUGGGUGAGCACCAGGUGAUCGCAGAUAUCGUUGCUUUUGUCUCGCACGGUGACUUCCCUCGCUCGCGUCUCGGCGAGAAGCAGCGCGGAAAGGUCCUGGCUUCUUGGGUGACCCGCAAGUUGCGUACAAUUGCUCAAUUUAGCAUCCGCGACUUGGACGAAGACCAUCCGUUCGCUUUAAUGCAACACCGUGCUAGCCGAGGCUCCAAGCCGACCAGCACUAUGGGCAACAGCAUCCGGCAGUCUAGUAUCAUUCCUGAAGCCGACAUCUCUGCAGUCCCACGAUCACCGGCCACUGCACUCCCUGAGGAGAGGACCGGCACCCUGCACGAAUCCUAUCAGGACAUGCAGCGCCCAGCUCUGCCGGAACUUGACACUCACACCGAGAACUUUGUAUCAUCAACCCCGGUUCCUGCAGCGACCUCCACUGUACCUUACAUCCAGGAGCCGCAGUCGGCAACGAUAGUGACGGAGGAUGACUAUCAUUUCAACACGGUGGAGCCUGCCUACGAGUCCGCUCAUGAGCCCGCCGCUGGCGCCACCCGUGACUUCCGUUUCAGCUUUGAUAUGGAUAAUAACCCCAUCGAGCAGCUGCCGCAGGAUUCGAUCCCUUCUGGGACCGAGCAGCCCCCGACCAGGAAGGCUUCGCUUCCCAUCCAACAGUCCGUACAUCAUGAGGGCGGCAUAACAGCAGUCCCUGGGCACUACGAGAAGCCACGCCCGGGAACGCAGGAAAGCGGUUUGAUCGACGACUGGCCCCAGGAAGCCCUUAUGUAUCAAUCCGCUCUGGGCGCAGAGGACGGUCAACGGCAGCACUACGACCCUAGAAACCGGAUUUGA